CAGGUUGGGGUGUCCGCCGCGGGGUGGUGGGCUCGGGGAUCCCGAGCGGAGCUGGUUGCGCGCUCACAGUCCCUGGCCGCGCUGGCGUUGGGGGGGUCCGCCUGGGUGUCACUGCACGCGACGAGCCGGGCCAGCCACGGACAUGGACAUGAAGAAAAGGAUCCACUUAGAGCUGCGGAACAGGACGCCCUCGGAUGUUAAAGAACUUGUUCUGGACAACUGUAGGUCAAAUGAAGGCAAAAUUGAAGGCCUCACAGAUGAGUUUGAAGAGCUGGAGUUCUUAAGUACAAUCAACGUAGGCCUAACCUCAGUUGCAAACUUACCAAAGUUAAACAAACUUAAGAAGCUCGAACUAAGCGAUAACAGAAUCUCAGGAGGGCUGGAAGUGUUGGCAGAAAAGUGUCCGAACCUCACACAUCUAAACCUAAGUGGCAACAAAAUAAAAGAUCUCAGUACAAUAGAACCUCUGAAAAAGUUAGAAAACCUGAAGAGUUUAGACCUUUUCAAUUGCGAGGUAACCAACUUGAACGACUACAGAGAAAACGUAUUCAAGCUCCUCCCGCAGCUCACGUACCUCGACGGCUACGACCGGGAUGACAAAGAAGCCCCGGACUCUGAUGCAGAGGGUUACGUGGAGGGCCUAGAUGACGAGGAAGAGGAUGAGGACGAACGAAGCUCCCAGAAUUUCAGGGUCACUCUGCGCAGAAAACUGAGGUUGCUCCUCUUGUUCGCCCGUGCAGAAGAGGAGUACGAUGAAGACGCUCAGGUAGUAGAAGAUGAAGAGGAAGACGAGGAGGAGGAGGAAGGAGAGGAGGAGGACGUGAGCGGGGAGGAGGAGGAAGAUGAAGAAGGCUAUAACGAUGGUGAAGUAGACGAUGACGAAGAUGAAGAAGAAGCUGAUGAAGAAAGGGGACAAAAGAGAAAACGAGAAGCUGAAGAUGAGGGGGAUGAAGACGACUAAACCGAAUAACCUAUUUUGAAAAUUUCCUAUUGUGAUUUGACUGUUUUUACCCUGUAUUUUUUCCCCCCAGACUUAUUUUUUUCUGAUUGUAACGUUGCUGUGGGAAUGAGAGGGAAAAGCGUAUUGGGUGGGCGAGGGAAUAAAAUACUAUUUUUACUGCCACUCCUCCUCCUUCAUUUUUAAUUUUUUCCCCCCCUUUUGGCCCCUUUUUAGUUCCUGUAAACGCAAUAGUAAGUAUAAACCAAGUGGUAAUUUGUUUCUUAUUAUCGGAGUGGAGAGUUCAACAUCUUCAAAUCUUUUAAGAUCCGCGGACGAGCUCCAGAAAUUGCAUCGUCCGUUCGGGAACAGCGAAAACCCUUUUUGCGGUCGCUGGGAUAUUCCACCUCCGCUGGUCACGAAACCUCUGGCGAGCAUUUUUUUUUUUUAAUUUUAAUUUUUUUGGAUGCUACCAAUCCUAACGAAAGCAUCCUGGCCACAGCAACAGGUGUGAGAAUGGCAUAUUGAUAAAGUGAUUUCUUUGUUGCCUGUUCGUGGAUGACUGCCAUUUUCAGCCCAUGCUUUCCCUGCUUUUGUAGGUACCUUUUCUUUUGCUGUUUGUAAAUAGUGACCAAACGUGUUGGGUUUUUAUUUCCCUCCCUUUCGUUGGGUGUUCUUUUGGAUCUGGUUUGUGGGGUGACUUUGCAAUCCCCCCUCUGUGUGUUGUGUUGUUCUUCUUUUUUUUUUUCUUUUCUUUUGGUUUUUUUUUUCUUUUUUGUUCGUUUGGGGUUUUCUUGGCUAGGGUAUAGCCAGUACACUGAAAAUGGCAGGCAUUUAAAUAUAUAUAUAAAUAUAUAUAAAAAAAAAAAAAAGUGUUCCUAAUUCCUGAGUUACUAGUGAAAUGAAUUUGACAAUUGUAAUAAAAAAAAUGUUUCAACCCUUUUAAAUAAGGUGUGUACUAUUUUGGUCUGUAAUAUAUAACACCUAGUCAAUUUUAAGUGAUGAGAAACUACUUCCACUUGUGCUCUAUACUUUGAAAAUUUUUACAAACCUAAAUACAGGAGACAGUUACAGCAUGUAGUGUAGGAGAUUUCUUUUCAUACACUCAAGCACGAAAUACUAAUACAAAAUUGUAUUUUCUUACCUAGUGGAAGUCAGUAAAAUGACUGAAAAUACCUAGUGAAUGUACAGUUUUACUUUCAUAUCCCUCUUUAAAAUAGCUUUAGAAGUGACUUGUAUUUCCUAGUCAAUAUUUCAUCUGUAUAAAUACAUUUGCAACAGUUUUUUUCCCAGAAGAGCCAAACUUUGAGUUUUAUGUCUGUUUGUCAUUGAUGAAUUUCAAUAAAUCUUUUUAUACAA